AUAACCUGGUAAGUAACAAAAAACCAGACACAGAAACGUUUGUCAAGUUGGAAUAAACUGCUGAUGAAGGUUUUGAGACGAUCUCUCUGAGUAUGUGUCUUUUCUGUGUGUCAGUAGCUGUGAUACCAGAGCAGGGAGCUGGUUGAGUGAUGUGGCUGCCUCAAAUGGCCAAAUUUCAGAGAGCUAAAUGCUGUGGAUAAACAAAUCACCGUGGCUGAAGUGUCCCAUCCAAAUCAUUAUUGAUUUUCUCAGUAUUUUUCAGUUUCAGAGCUGCAGCUUCUCGUUCUCACCUCAUUUUAUACCUUCAUAAUCCAUAACAGCACCAGAAACCCAGCGAGCUCUGCAAGCCAGAGGUCUGGACUUUAAUCAGACACUUGAACCUUUAAAGGUCACUGUUGCUUUCCCAGCUCAUAAGAGAAAUCAAAUCUAGCUCUAUCAAAAGUCCUUCAGUCAUAAAUGAAAAUUUAUUCUUAAAUUAAUCCUGGCUGAUGGCUUCCUUGCAGCCAGCUCCCAUUGUGGGGCCGGUAAUCUCCAUUGGAAAAAAUCAACUGGGAGAGCUGUGGAGUCUUGUGCCAUAUUUCCUGGGUGCUCUAAGCAGAUAAUAUGGACUUAGUUCUUUACAAAGGCUCAGGCUAUUUUUGCACAAGUGCAUAAAAAGCUUGUGCAGAUUUAGAAACUGAAAAAAACAUGACCCUGAAGUGCUUAGUCCUCUGCUUUGAGCCAUGCUGGUGCCUCUGAGGUCCCCCUGCUUUAAUUAUAAAGAAGGAUCUUCUUGAGUGGACUCUCCUAAACCUGUAGAAUAACUGUGUGAGUGCUGCUUCUCUCACUGGUGAUGUGCUGACUCUUCCCUAAAGCAGUUUGUGUGGAGAGCAGAGGAUCCCAGCAAACACUCUGCCCUGCUGCCCUGUCCCCUCUCCUUGCUCUGGGCCUGGGUGUGUGUGUGUGGUGCAGUCCUGGUGUGACCUUAAACCUGCCAGAGGGAAUCCUUAGUCAGACCUGUGUGUGUGUGUGGUGCAGUCCUGUGUGGUGCAAUCCUUAAAUCUGCCAGAGGGAACCCUCAGUUAGUCCUGGGUGUGUGUGACUAAAACGAAACAAGCUUGGCAGACCAGACCUCGGACAGAUCCCUAGGGAGGGUCACUCCAGGUGUUGCUUUUCCUUCAUCCCAACACAGGAGUAACUGGAAGUGCCUCAGGACUUAAGAAUUCUUCAUGUUUCAUGUUCUGCAGUAGCUGCUCGUGUUCAUUGGCCAAAUCAGGGCUUAUCAGCUCAUCAUUUUGCAGGAAAAGUGGCUGCAGCACAUCUUGAGAAUGAGGAAUGAGCUCUUACAUAGGGCUCUUUAUCAGACCACCAUCUGAUCUAACACCUUCCUUGGCCAGCUUUCUCCUUUCCUUGGCCAGCUCCUUCCCCCUUCCUUGGCCAACUCUCCCCCCAGGAGUGACUCCCACGAGGUGUAUUUAGGAAUCCCUCACUUCAGGGGCAUUUUGUGUGGGAUAUGUUGGCUCCAAAAAGGGAGCCUUCCAGUCAGUGCAGUGUUUUCACACAGUGAAAAUUUAUAAAGUGUUAGAAGGGUGAGUCUUCAUCCAUUCCAGUGUCCCUGCAGAGCCAAAGCAGUGAUGGAUGAGCCACUUGGCUUCUGUUUUCCUCCAGGUAGUAAAUAAUCAGUGGCUGCAGGAGCUGAAGGGUGAAGGCAGCAGGAAGGGAAAGGUGAACUAAAGCAAUAAGGGACAGGAGCCGUGUCAUCCUGUCCUGGGUUUUGCUCCAUUUGAUGGCCACUUUGUGGUCUACUUUUUGCCUGCAGCAACAAUUUUGAGUGUCUUCCUAUCAGUGCAGUGAUUCAUGGUGUGAAUCAGACUCAUCCUGUGUGCCUGGCACUCUGCAGGGAAUGUCUCUGCUAAACUGAAAGGGGAGCAAGCAGGAGCCAUCCUUGGAUCUUUUGUUCUCCAGCCAGCCAUUCUGUCUGAAGGACAGGCUUCCUGAGUGCACCUCCUAUUAUGUAGAAAGUUCUCUUAAUUGGAUUGUUCUUGCUCUUUAGCUUGGUCUUUUAAUUAACUCUUGGGGCCAGCAGAAUCAUCUGGAUUAAAUUGUGUUAGGGACGUGUCCACAUCUGCCCAGGAAAGAGCUGGCUGUGCAUGGAAUUUUCCCUUCUUUAGUCUAGUCUUUGUUCUUCAUGCCCAGACCCUUUAAAAAGGUGUUUUUCCUGCCUCAGCCUGAGAUGGCAUCCUCAGGUAGUUAUAAAAAUCUUGCCCUUCCCCAUUCCCCUUCUUCAGAUCCCCCUGGAUCUGAUCCAGGUGGGAUUCCCCACACUCUGGGUUCCUGCCUUUGGCAGACCUUGUGUCUUGUCCCUGGAGCUUGUCAUGGCAGGGCAACCUGGAGGAAAAGGAGCAGUUUUUCCCUUUGGGAAGAGGAUUCUUCCCUGCUGUGAGUUUUCCUCUCCUCCAGGGAGGCACAGCCUGUGUUCCAUGGGCUGCUGCCUCCUCGUUCUUUCCGAGGAAGGAGGGGCUUUGUUCCUGAAAGGUUUCUCAGAGGUCUGCCAAGCCUGGCUCGUUGGUUGCUUGUGAAGCCCCUCUUGUGUUGUGAGAAUGGUUAUUACUGGGGAAGGUUUUUUCUCUUGUUUUACCUGCCAUCUAGAUGCUGCACAGACUCUCCCAAAGGAGCAGAGCGUCGAUAAGCCAAGCCAAGACCAGCUGAAGUUUAGCCAGGAAGAAGGUUCUGAUGCCGGGACCACGGAGGGGGAGGAGAGCAAGGCCUCUGCUUUGUCUACCUCGGAGCAGAACUGUGACACUUGUGAAGACAAAGACUUAAUAGAAAACCUCUCUAAAAGCAAGAAGCCUAAGCUGGACCUAGUGUUUGAGGAAUGGGAUGUAGCUGGUCUUCCAUGGUGGUUUUUAGGCAACCUCAGAAGCAAUUACGAGUCCAGAAGUAAUGGAUCAACAGAUAUUCAGACUAACCAGGACAUUGACACUGCCAUUGUUUCGGAUACUACUGACGACCUGUGGUUCCUCAACGAGUGCCCCUUGGACCAGGGCAGUGCUGGGCUCAAGGUGAACGUGUUUGACUGUGAGGAAGUGAAGGAAGGUGAUACAAAGGUGACUGAGCACGUGUGCCUGAAUGACUUGGAGGACUCUCAGUGCUUAAGUGAUGACACUGACACAGAAGGUGCCUCUGAGGACUGCUGGCAGUGCACCAAAUGCAAGAAGUUCAACUCCCCGGGCAAACGGUACUGCUACCGCUGCUGGGCCCUGCGCAAGGGCUGGUACUCAGACUGGCCCAAACUGGCCCACUCCCUCUCCCUGUCCAGCAUUGCUGCCCUGAAAAACAAGGAGGAAGAGGAGGACGAGGGGAUAGAUGUCCCGGACUGCAAAAGGACCAUGUCGGCCCCGGCUGGGCCGCCCACCCGCGUGUUCGUGGUGGAACCCAAACCCCCCCCCUGCGGCUCCAUCGAGUCCCUGGACCUGGCACGGGCUCAUGAGAGCAAAGAGUCUCUGCUGAGCUUCGCUGAGAGUAAAAAGGAGGAAGAAAUGGAGUCUCUGGAGAGUAUAAAAACGCUGCUGAGCCCCUGCUACCUGUGCCAGCUCAGGCCCCGCGACGGGAACAUCGUCCACGGCAGGACCGCUCACCUCGUGGCCUGUUUCAGGUGUGCAAAGAUGCUGAAGAAAAGGAGAUCCCCCUGCCCAGUGUGCAGGAAGGAGAUCGAGAUGGUCAUCAGGAUCUUCAUGGGGUAGUUGGGCCACUCCAGGCCUUUCUCCUCCAAAAAGGAACCAACAGGUUUCUUGCACUUAAGCCCCCCGGUUUCAGAUCUCAGCCAACGAAAGCCAAAGAGAAUUAAGAUUCCAGUCUGCCCCAGCAGGCUGAGGAAUCUCUGCAGCAUCCACCUUUCCAUGCCCCUGGAAAUGAAAGCCUGCAGGAGACAGGUCGAUGCCCCAGCCUGGAAACGGCCAAAAUCCUCCCCUUUCAGCUCAGGGGUGUCCCUGGGAUUCUCUGUCCUGACAGCUGGUCCUUGGAGAAAACAAGGUUUGGGAAGAGUUGUAACUUCUGGAGUGUUGUUCUCCAGGAAGUCAGAGCUGUGCAAUCACUGCCUUCUGAGGGGGGGUGUGAUCUGAGAUAGAAGUAGAGAUGAACAUUGAGGGGUGGGAAGGGUGGGAUUCUGAGGUGUUUGCAGCUUAGAUGAGCCUUUUCUCCAAGGACCAGCUCUCCUGAGGGCAGUGCAAAGGAAAUAACCCCGUUUCUGAUUUUUUUGGUUGAUUUUUAAGGUAGGAUUUUUAGGCAAGGUGAAGGUUCUCUUGAUCCCAGACAGGAAACAAAUCCUCCCAAACUCUUAAUCCAUAACUAGCUCAGGUCACAGAGAGACUAUAGGGACACAUUUUGCUUUCUUAUUGGCUCAUUUAAUUUAUAUUGAUUCUUUUUUUCAUUUAAAUAUCUUUUCUGUCAUCUUACAUAGCUUUGAAGCCUGUCCAGCAUUAGCUCAGCCUCUGCUCUGCCAGCUGGAUUGGAUUCCAACGGCUCUGUGCCUGUUUUGGGAUGUUCCCAGUGCACCUUCCACCUGCCUCAUCUCAUCAGUCUGCCCAGAAUAUACUCAGUUUUGAGUGCAGUGUGGCUUUAAAGACAGGACACGAGCCUUUGAGAGGAAAAAACGACUCUAAAGCACCAGUUGCACUCUGGGGGCUGUGCUGGGUGUCAGGUUUUUAAUUAAAAAAAUAUUUAAUUAAUUAAAGGGGGCUCUUUUUUUGCCCCCUCCCUGUGAUUUAACACUCCAGCUCUGUCCUUCAGAGCUGUGCAUGGUCACUGCUGGCUGCCAAAAACUUAGGUAAAACUCGCAAUUUAAAAAAAUCUCACCCUUUCCUGUGGUGACCUCCAAGAUUGUGCUCGAUUCCCUCAGCUUCCCUGUUUUCCAGGCUUUUUUGGAGGACCAACAGAACCUUCACCUUUCAGCUCUCCAGCAAUUAGAGCUCAGUGCAGUGUAGAACAAACCCUGUUUGUUGUCACCUCUAAUUCCCUCUCCAACCCAGGGAGUGCUCGUGGAAACACAGAGAGAAGUUCCUGCUCAUUCCCUGGUGCUUCCUUAGGCUCUUCCUCCUUGUUUUCCCUCUCUCCACGUGCUGGUCCAGCCCCAGCAGGUCCAGGGGGGGCAGUGGGAGCCCCCAACCCUGCCCAGCAGAAGGUUCCAGCAGACCCUGACGCCAGAGCUGGUGUUCCUGUGCAAAAACCCCAGAGUAGGUGCUACAAAAUCCCUGCAAAUCACUGCCAAAACUCCCCAAACUUCCCAUCCCCCUGGAGUGUUGGGAUUGUUCCCGUGCUGGCUGUAACUGGGAUUGUCAGUGACAGUUGUGCUGGCACAGGGGUGCACUAUCCAUGGGAAUCAGUCCCCGUGGAAAAGGUGAUUUAUUGUUCCCUUAACUAAAGGGCUCUUAAAUUGCUGGUGAUGCACUUUACCCAGCUGGGAUCAGCAGCUUUGCCCAGGCAGUUACAUGAAGCAGUUUCUUCCCUUUCCAAGUGGGUUAUUCCCCUUUUAAAGUGGUUUUUUUCUCCCCUUUCCCAGGUGGGUUUUUCCCCCUUUGCAAGUGGGUUUUUUCCCCUUUCCA